AUGAGCGACUCCGCCUCCGUCUAUGAGCCCGACACCGAGUCCGAAUCCGACUACGAUCUCGAGCCACCCCGAGAGCGCUCAGCGAUCCCCGCGCAAAAUGACGAACAACAUGGCCAUGCAGACUCCUCGUACGAUUGGGUGGGGAUGGAGCUCGGCGAUGCGCUCAUGUUGCGCCAGCCGCCGAUACGCGGACCGCUUACUUUCCUCCCCGGUUACGCGCACUUCCUCCAGGACAUGAAGGAGGGUGCUGAGUAUACUUUGCUCAAGGAGACCGGAGAUGCGUAUCAAGGUACUCAGCACGGCUCGGUGGUAUGGACCUCUACGGAGAAAGAGGUGUUUUUCAAUGUCCUCGACCGCAAAGGAAAAGGCAGCAUCAAAGAGCUUGCCGCUGCCAUUGGAACCAAGUCCGAACUCGAGGUUAUGGCCUACAUCCAAAUCUUGCACAAGGCAUUAGAAGCACAGUACAUCUCCGACAAGCACGUGGAGCGCAUGCCGGUUCUUGGCGACGUCCCUGCCGCCCUGGAGGUCAGUCGGGAAUGCUGUGAGCUACUCGAGGAAUAUGCCGAAGUAAUGGUCUACCAAGAAUCCCUAAUCGAAAACAAAACCGGGCAAAAGCACCAUGGCGAUAAUUGGCUUAUCACAAGACCUCGAGCGCAGGACCUGGUUGACGAUAAGGAUGAGACAGCACGAGGCGACCUCCGACUCGCCGCCGGACUAUUGAAUCUGCCCAACUGGAUCCGGCUCUCGCAAGUCCUCUUCAUGAACUUCAAUGGCUCAAAAGCAGACGACAAUUGGUGGAAACUUGUCAGUCGAACAGACAAUAUGACUCUAAACACCGCGUCCAUGACCGCCGAUAGCGUCGUGGACUUCUACUCUCUUGCCGUCAGCGUCACCCGCCGCUUGAUCCAGUCAUCACUCUUCUUCGCUAUGUCGCGACUGCGCAGCGCAAACCGCAGCGGCCGCGAUCGAAAAGGCCAUGUAAGACUACAAGACGUGCGUGCCGCCGUCGAAGUGCUGAACAUGAAGCACCGUCGUCCCAAUUUCGUCGAUAUAGCCCGUCGCAACGAGAUCAUCAUCGAAGACGUGCACAAUCGCAAAGGCUGGGUUCCGCCGGUCUUCAGCUACGAGGAAGCGGAGGAAAUCAUUGAUAAAAGCGAGUGGUUCCGGUACCGCAAGGACGGGUCUAUGUACAGAGACGGAAACGAUGAAAGUGACCCCGAUGACGACGAAAUGGACAUAGACGAUGACGAGGCUGAUUCGGAUGCUUUGGUGGAAGCCGAUUUGCCUUUGCCUUCGGCAUCAGGAGCCGAUUUGGAGCCAGAGACGGUCGAUGAGAUGGCUGCGGGGGAAUCCUCUGAUCUCUCGUCUCCGCUUGCGUCGGAUGAUGAGCUGGAAAUGGACCCGGAGGAAGAGCACGCGGAGCUUGCGGAUGAGAGCGCCAGUCGGCGUCAUGAGGUCGAUCUGCUUAGGCUGAUGGAACAGCCGCUGCCGGCUGUUCUUGAUGAGCGGCUGAAGGCCGAGGAGACAGAGGAGAAGAGCAGGCUUCAGCCGGAGCGUAGGAUUAGAGACGAUCUCCUCGAUUGGCGGGAUCGGACGCUGUAUCGCAGUGAAUGGGAGGAGUAUGGGGCUGAUUACGCUGAUCUGAAAGAAGUGAUGGAGAUGCCUCCGAAUAAGAGGCCUAAGUUCAAUGAACCUGCUCCUGCUCUUCCUGAGGCUUCGGAUGAGGAGGACGAUGCUGAAAGUGAACGGGUUGAGAGUGAAGAGGAAGAUAAGCGUGGUAUUCCCUCGGAAGAUCAAGUACCGGCUGGUGGGAAAUCGUGGUUACAAUACUACAUGACACAGUUUGGUCAACCAGGGGAUCAGCAGAAACCUGAGUAG